ACCGUAGUGUUACCUCCUUGAAAGGUGAACACAACACGUGAUUUUCAAGUUGUGGUGUUUUCAAUAUAAACAACUGCGCAGUUUGUUAUUCCAUACUUAAAAUAUUUUUUAAAUAAAAUUUAUACAUUAAUUCAUGCUAUUUUAAUUGAGGAAUAAAAAUGAGCUCGACAGGAGUGAAGAGGAAAUCGAAAAAACAGCCGAAGAUAAGCGAGAGGAAAGUUCGUAGGAAAGAGUGGUUCAAGAAGCAAAAAGAGAAUCCUCAAAAGCCCAAAAUUGGCUUGGAAGACCUCUCGGAAUCGGAUUUCGACACUGACGACGAUCUGUCACUUGACGACGAAGAAUACGGAACCCUAACCGAUACGGAGGAUGAGAGCGUCGAAGAAGAAGAGAUACUGGAGCCGGAAGGUUUCGUCAGCGAAGAAGAAUCGGAAGACGAGGUGAAGAUUAAAAAACGGGCGGAGAGGCAGCCGGCUGAAGAAGAUUCGAGGACUGUAUUCGUUGGGAAUCUUCCGAAUACCAUAACGAAGAAGAAACUGAGAAAAUGGUUCUCCAAAUAUGGAAAGGUGGAGAAUGCGAGGCUGAGAUGCCCUCCGAGGGCCGACCCUUCCAUUCCGAAGAAGGUCGCCACGAUUAAAAAAGACUUUCACGAAGGGCGGACCAACAUUAUUGGUUUCGUCUGCUUCAAGGAUGAAGAGAGUGCACAGAAAGCAUUACAAGCGGACGGUUCAAAAUUUGACGAAGAGCAUCACAUCCGAGUAGAUCUGGCUGGGAAGAAAGAAAAUGACCCAAAAAAAGCUAUCUUCAUUGGAAAUCUUCCAUUUGGAGCAGAGGAAGAACAGCUCAGAGAUAUAUUUUCCAAAUGCGGAGAUAUCAAAAGUAUAAGAAUAGUGCGGGAUAAGACUACUUGUGUCGGAAAAGGUUUCGGGUAUAUUAAUUUCAAAGAAAGACAUUCUGUCCAACUGGCACUUGAACAGGAUGGAGUGACAUUGGGAAAACGAGAAUUAAGGGUGAAAAGGGCUGACAAUUCCAAACAGGAGAAAUCGCCCCGCACGACUGAAAAACCCUUCAUGAACAAUAAACAAGGCAAAAUGAAAAAUAGUUUUAAAAAAGACUCCACACAGAAAAAGAAGAAAUUCACCUUCGCCAACAAAGAAGAGAAGAGCAAAGUGAGGAAGGCUUUUUACCAAGGGGAAUUGAGUAAAAUGAAAGAAAAACGUAAAACCAAGAAGAAAAACAAAUUUCAAAAGAAGCAUGAAGUUCUGAAGAAGAUUUUAAAUUCUACAAAAGAUAACAAAAAAAGUGUAAAUAAUUAAAUUGUUAAUGCUUUGUAUUUUUUAUUGAAGGACUUUACUAUGUUCGUUUAUAAUUAAGACAAAAUUAUAAAUUAUUCUAUGUAAUAAUAUAUAUUUUAAAAAAAUA